GGGGCCGAAGUGCAGCUUUCAGACAUUCCCAUGACACCCGAUGAUGAUUUAUCUAACCUGCUACCCGGACUUCGGCCAUGCAGAGUUUCCCAGCAACGACGUCAACCAGGACUUGCUCUUUCUUUCACAGCUGGCCGCCUUCAGUACGCCGGAGCUCGUGAACCCGUCGUAUCCUCCAAACCCCAAUCCCGCCGUGCCACGUCUGUCUUCUUCAACAUCCCGUGCAGGGAUCCCGGGGAUAUCCCAAUUAGCCAGUAGCCCGAGCAUCGCAAAUCUGCACAUACCCUCGUGCACAUGUCUCCAGUCUACCCUGACCCUCUACGAAAGUAUCCGCGCCGUGCAGUGGCGUGCCCAAUGUGUUGCCAGCGCGGGUCUUUGGCGCGAAAUGGCUCACCCGAUCCUUAAAGCCUGCAAGUUGGCCCUGAACCAGUGCCAUCAGCUCAUCGGCUGCUCCUCAUGCAAGCGUGAGCCACUGUUCGUGAUGUUUCUCUGUUCUGUCUGCGAGCAGUGUCUGACCUGUUUUGAGACCUUUUACGACUCGCACCAGAGGCGAUUGCGAAGUAGGAGUAUGACCUCCUCGUCACUGGAAGCAGUUUCAUCAAUGCAUCCGAGGCGCGCUCGGAAAUGGAUCAGCUUGGGGAGAUUGUGCAAUUGGCCAAUUUGCCGUUUGGCGAUGUGCCGGUAUUGUUGGAUGAUGAGGAUGAUAUCAACAUGACUUGUAGCUUGUUGACCACGCGAGUGGUCGAAAGAUAAUGGCCAAAGUAAUGUAAAAACAAAUAAUUAUCCAUUAGAAGACUACAUAUUGACAGUUUUGCAA